GCGCUGUUUACAAAAAUAGAGUGGAGGAGACUUGUCAUGAGACUUGUGUAAAUCACUGAAAAUAAAAUGUUUGACUUCAAGAAUCCACUUUAUUGAGAUUUUUCUUACUCAGGGUCUGCAUUAGUUUGGGAAAUUCAGCAAGAGCAUCGAUCCAAAUGACACGGAGAAUAUCAACUUUUUGACUUUGUCAUCGCGAAGUGAGUCAUCAUGCCACCCAAGUUUAACCGGCGAUUACGAGAGUCCGACUAUAAACAGUCUAAAGAACAUGAAAAGGAGAAUCUCCUAGGGGAGUACCAUGACGAUGUCAGUGACGAGGAGGAUUUCUUUGGAGGCAAAACUCCGCCUUCAAGGAAGGUUAUGCAGCAGGAUCCAAAGAUUCAACAUGUACAGAGGCAAGUGGAGGAGGUGGUGGACAUAAUGCAUGAUAACAUUGGCAAGGUGUUGGACAGAGGAGAGAGACUAGAAGAUUUGCAAGAGAAAUCAGAUGAUCUAGCCUACAGUGCCAGCAUGUUCAGGGUCAGUGCUAAAGGCUUGAGAUCACACUUCUGGUGGCAAGAGUGCAAGAUGAGACUUCUGUUACUGAUUGUGGUCGUGGUGAUUCUUCUAAUUAUAUUUAUUCCAAUAAUUGUGAAGAGUACCAAUCAAAACUGAGACCUCUACAAGAACAGACGUGGAGUGGUAUUCAUCAAAGACAUUGGAUCAUGAAACUUAACGGCACAGUCUGCUCAAUUUCCAAAGCUGUUGUGACUUUAACAGUGCCUACUCCACUGUUUUACUUCAAGCUAGUUCUUGAAAAGAAACACAAGCAAGAUUCACAAGGUGCAACUAAAUUCCAAGUAUGUGAUAAGGAAAAUUGUGUCUACAUUUUUAGUUGCACAGUAAUACCAAGUUUUAUGUAUUGUGCCAGUCCCACCAGUUUUCCAUCGUGAGAGAAGGGUCCACCUCACUUCGUAUCUAGGAUGAGCUGGGGAUAAGUUGCAGGUAGAAUCAUUCACUUUCGUCAGAAAGAAGCUCUGCAUUUGUCCCAGACAUGUUCCGGGGAAACUUUCAUGAGCAACUGCUUCAUACUGAUAACUUCAUUGCGGGAAGAUUGCUGGGAAGUUGUUCAGAAUCCUGGAACUUAUACCCGAUACAGUGUCCGCAACUUGUUCGGAGCUCGUCCCAGAUAUGAAAUUAAAGGCCCUCAAUGUCAUCAGGCUGUUUGCAUUUGUUUCUGAUUAUUCACAACUUUGCCAAGCAGAGUUCUGGUUUUUUUUUUUCUCUCUCUCUAACCUGUUCUUAUGUAUUAAUUGACAAUCCGUGGUAAUCUGGAUCUUAGCUAGUUUGGUAGUUUAACUACAUUUUCAUAUUUAUUGGUGGUGGCGGGAAGUUAUUGAUAAAGAUGGAUGUUCACUGUAAAUACUUGUGCAUUAUUAUGACAUGUACAAUUAUUGUAAUUCAAGCAAUGAAAAUUCCAUGCUUCACUGUAUUAAGGAAACCAAUUAUUUUGUUACUGAAAGCUUUUGUGAAAUAAAAAAAUGGGAAAAUAAAGUCAGGUAUUUUGUUUUUAUAAAAUUAAUGAUUUUCAGUGUUUUGGGGGUUGGUCACUAUUUCUCCUUUGUGUAUUAACUUGAGUCUGUUCUGAAAUAGGUAUAAAGUACUGCUAAAUUGACUUAAAAAGCCUAAAGUUUUUUGUCUGCAAAAUCUGAAAAUUGUUUGCAGAUAGCAAUGGUUGUGUUUGAUGCAGAACUUUCUUUUCUUCAGUAAUUUAAAUUCAGGGAAAGGAAAACUUGGAGAGCGAGCAAAAAUGUCUUUACCUUGAGCUGUUUUUUUUCCCCAAAUUAAUUUUUUGGUUAUAAUUUUGAUUGGUACUUAAUUGAGAAGAGACUUGAUUUUUAUUGAUGCAUUUCUGGAUAUUUCAAACAUAAUUGACUGGGGUUGCCAUUUUUCUAUUGCUGUACUUUCAAAUUUUCUUAUAAUUUAAUGAAAAGUGUAAAUAAACGGCACUUUAUUUACUUGUAUCACAUUUUAUGUCCACCUUAUCUCUUUAUAUAUGUACAUGUAUGGGUAAUUAUUAAAAGACUAAUGUAGCCAUUUCAAUCAU